ACGUGCCACGAUUUCUAAAAGAAGCGCACCAUAACAAACCCGCACUAUGUGACGAAAGGGUUAAACUUGAAAAACUGCAAACCCUGCAGCAUUAGAGACUUGACGGCCACUUUAUACGCUGACAUAAACCAACCUCUACCUAUGGACAAGCUACACGGAGUGGACUCGCUCCCGGUGGUGCUGCACAGAUUCUCAGACGGCGUGGAGGUCGUGAAAAUGCGUCGUCGACUUCUGCAACGAGGUAGCUACGCUGGAGAAAUCUUACUCCGAAUCACUCCACCGAUUACUCCGCUCCUCCUCCUACACUUUUCACUCCAACCUCCUGUUCCAGUGGCUGGGAAACGACCCUUACGAAGAAAUAGGAUCUCUGAAACACAGCUGGCAAGAGCUAGGUCAAGAACUAUGCAAGUUGGCAGACCUCCAUUCAGAACAGGCAGAGGCAUACAUGAACUCAGUACGGAAGCCACUAAUGGAGCUGCUGCCUGAACUGGAGGAGGCCAGAAGAAACAUGAGAGUGAAGGUACUGCAGAUAAAGGCGGGUCAAGAGCAGGCACACAAGAAGAUGAAUAAAGAGAAGCAGAAGUACAUGGGACUAGGGGACAGUUGUGAGCGACUUCAGCAGCAGAUCAGGUCACUCACGUCUACUGGCAUCACUGCAAGAAUCAGACUCUCACGAAUUGAAAAGAGACUUGACAGCACCGAAAAGCAGCUACUUGAACAGGAACAAGUAUACAACAGAGCACAUGGUCACUAUCUUGAGGCACAGAGACAGUGUGAUGAGGCUAUUCAAGACCUCUAUAAGGUGGAGCUACAUAUGUUGGAUUACAUACAGUAAUUGGCGAGCGAAGGUGUACGUACGUAUGUGUAAUAAUGCCCAAUUUUUGUGCAUGUGUGAACAAUGAGGUAUCAAGGUAGAAAGGCAAGGCAAAGCAAACAAGUCAACUACACCCAGGACAGCUCUUUCUUUUCAGAAGAGCUGCCCUAGGUGGGAUUCGAACCCCAACACUCUGCUCUCCAGAAACAUGAAGAGAGGGAAGUGAGAAGGGUUAAUGCUCUCAAGGAAGCUCUGCUGAACUUUACAAAAACACUCUCAAACACAGCUCCAGUCUAUCUGGAGGGUAUGCAGCGUAUCCAGAUGAGCGUGGAAAAGAUCGACGCAGUCAGCGAUAUUAAGUGGUUUGUCAACGAACACACGUCUUUCCAGAUGACCCCCCAGCCUCCUCAACUGGAGAAACACUCUUUCGUCAGAGAUGGUGAAGGAGAGGGGAGAGAGAAUGGCCGCCAAUCGCCCAUUGGUGGAACGGGAGAUGUGAAGGAGGAGGAAGAGGAAGAGGGAGAGCCUCUCAACAACCCAGAGGGUCAUACUGGAGUGGGAGGAGGAGGGGAAGAAGAAGACACAGCGAAGGGGAAGAGAGGGACUAGUAAGUGGCCACUGGGGAGGGUUUGGGGAGGGAUAAGAGGCAAGUUGAGGACAAACGAAGCAAGAAAUGGAGGCAGGGAGGAGAAGGAGGGGCAAGAGAGUGACGGAGAGACUCUAACAGACGAAGAAGACAGUUCAAACCAGAGACAGACACACAGAGAAAGUGCCAGCGCUACCCCCCAGCUCCCUCGAGAUCAAGACACGAGAGAGAAAGAGGGAAGCGAUAAAGAAUUGAAACCUCGUAUCCGGAAGGAAUCCCCUCAUGUUGCAAGAGCUCCUGGCUCUGUGGAGAGAUCGGGAGGGGCCAGUGGGAGUGGAGAUCAGAGAGAAACGACGUCAAAUCAUCAGACGAGAGAGAGGAGGAGGAGAGAUGAUGUAAAACCGACGCCCAACCCAAAGCCGACGAGACUGAGAGGCAAAGCUUCAGAAGAAAGCAGCGAGAGCGAAGGGGUUAAAUUUAGCUCCUUGUCGGGAAGUCUGAAGCUGGAAGUAGAAACCGUGGAGGAGAGCUCGAAAGUGCCCAGAAACACCCCACAGAGGCCUCAAAGACAGACAAAUCACGAACACCAGCAAACGAUGGGCGAGCAAGAAGCGGCCACUACACCCCAGAGAAGAAAGAGAAGACCUCAGAUAAAAGAGAAACAUGACCAAGAUGCCAGGAGAAACGAUUCCAGCGAUGCACCGCAACCUUUGCUCCCAACCCUCCCUGUUUUACCUACCCCCACCCCCACCACCUCUAGUCGCCCUAAACCUCCCCUACCCACCAAACCUCUAGUACUGGAAAAACCGGUUGACGGUGCCAUAGCAACCAAACUGCGAAGACUCCAGGAGAUGGCUGAGGAGAAUGACUACUAUAAGCUGUUUGGGGUGGAGUCAACGGCGACUACUGAUGAGCUGGCGAGAGUAAGGAGAGAGAUGUCACGACAGCUGCAUCCGGAUCACUUCUCCGGCCAGCCCCACCGACAGGAGAGGGCGCAGCAAGAGCUGAUGCUGAUAAACCAGGUGUUUCAAGAUGUCCUGAAGUCAUUCGAGACCAGAACACUCUACAACCAGCUCUGCCAGUUCAGACCGCACUAUGUUCGGAUACCGGAUCAAAAACAGCGAGGACUGCAAGUGGCUCACAGCAAACUCUUCUCUCUCCACAAACAGCUGAAGAAACACCGCGCCCCUCUCUCCCUCCUCACCGAGCUGACCUUUGCCCUCGAUCUCAUCACGACUUGCCAGAAACUGAACCAGUCUACUACUCCCGGAUAGCGUAGCGUCGAUGAAAGCUUUUUUAAUGUUGUGUGUGUUUUUAUACAUAGGCAUGGAUUUACUUUACUCAGUUGCAAUGCGUGGUCAAUGCGUGCUUCUAUAAUAGUGUUAAAAGGUGGGAAAUUGCCCUAUUUAACCCCUUGCUAUUUAGUAUUUAGUAUUAUUAUAGGACGUAGGAUAUAUAGGACCAUGCACUCUUCGCUGUUUCCAUCAGCAGUCAUUUGGUUGAUUAUCUGCACUGACAACGCUGUAAAAACUCAAGUGUGUGCUUUGUAGAUAAAGGUGAUAAAAUGAAGAGUGAAAGGCACCCCGCAAUGUUGAGGUAUUAAUGAAUCUUACAGUGCCAUCUGGGAUCAAGGAUGAAUAGAGAAGUAAGGAAUGUGCAGACUCCACAGAUUGAAUUCACCAGGGCCACCAGCUCUCGGGUUAGGCAAUGUUGCCAUAGCUGCCGUUGUAACAGGCACAGAUAAUAUACAUCACGUUGUCUUCUCGGCUUGUUCACGCCC